AUGAAAGCGCUGGCCUAUCGAUUGCGUAGCCGUCAUAGUAGGAGAAAUGACGAAAUUGUAGACGAUGUCAAACUGAGCUUUUGCUUUGAAGAAGCUGUCAAGGACGAGAGCAUCAAUGAUCGGAGCCCAAGGGAUAAAAAUAGAGAAAGAAGAGCGAUGGAUGAUAACGGGAGGAAGAAUCGAGGCAAUCACAACAAGGAUAAGGACAGCUGCAAGAAGCUUGCUAUGACAUCUGCCACUCAGUCUUAUAAUAAAGCCGAUUUGCUGUUACAAUCAGAGCAGCCCAGCUUCCAGCCGCACAGACGAACAGUUAGUGCUCCCACCAUGACGCGGGGCAGCAGUCUAAAGCAGCAACACCAGCACAGGAUGCUGGCCAAAGCCCACUUCAAUUCGAGAGCGGACGUUACUUCUAAUGCGGCUAACACGCUCCGACUGUAUGACAGACUGAUGUACGACCGAGGGAUCUGCGUGGCCAGCUCGUCGUCCAUCAUUCACAGUCAAAGCAGCAACGGCAGUGCUGAACGAUCGAGACAUGGAGCGUUCAUUAGCUCUAAUGCUAGCUCCUCCUCAGACAGCAGUCAGAAACCUGAAGUAGUAAUAAACGUGAGAUACAGUGGCAUUCUCAUGAUCAAGCGCGGACCACUGAAGGUUGCAGACAAGCGCUACUAUUUCGUAACAUGUAGUAGUCCGGAGCUGUAUUCCUUUAGAGACGAGAUGUCGUUUAAGCUGUGGUUGUCAUCAGGACACUCGAUUAGAGGAGGAGAUGCUGGUGCCAGAACUAGUGGACUGUUUUCUGUGCUUGUGGGCACCGUGUUGCGUGCGGAUGCAGCAUCUGAGGUGGAAGGCAGUAGUGGUGGCUAUCACUCGGAGAAGACGUUUCAUGUGAUGAUGGGAUUGGCGUCCAAGUGCUUUACGUUACGUUUUACAGCUGAAAGCGGGAGAAAGGCGACGCAGUGGCUUGAAGCUCUUCAGGAAGUGCAGCUUACUAAGCGCUAUGGAAACCAACUUUCUCGCAAAUUGGGCUCUGCUGCAGACACGAGACUUUUGCUCCCUCUCGAUGAACACAAUGGGCUUUGUGGAGCGGGUACUGCAAUUACUUUAGAUGAAUCGACGAGUGAGCAAGGUGAUACUGAUAUGGAAAACAUGUACGGAGAAGCUAUCGAUGAGAUCGGUGACGACCGCGAACCUGCCGUGAUGAAGUCCGCAUUGACAUCAAAUGCAAAUCUGCCGCGUGUGUACACAGGUGGCAUAUUGCAGAGCAAGCCACGUUUUGACGACAAUGGCGAUGCUACGACUGUUUCGACACGCACGUCGCACAGUGGUAGCUCACCGACUUCGGUCGUGUCUCGAGAUCCAAAUCGUCCUGUAUCGUGCAAAUCUGGUAGAGCAUCUCUUGACUUAUCAGUUCAAUUCGAGCCUUCGAUACUCUCGCUGAUUUCGGAUCGUAAUGAUCCUCACGGGCAUCGCAGUUCGUCUAUAGCUGAUAGGGCAAUCACAAGGUAA